UUCAUUCGAUGUAAUAUUUGCCUUUCUCUAGCAAUUAUUUCAUUAGGCGGGCAUUUGAAAUUGAAUUCGAAUUUUUUGGUUAGAGGCCCAAUUGGGGUAUGUGUGUUGGUGUUUAUUUGAUAAUAAUACACUUAAUUGAAGGCGAAAAUCUGGAGAGUCUUGUGUAGGAUCGUUACACUGGUCAAGAUUCAUAAAUCGUUAUAAUUGGUAGUUAGUGUUUUGCAUUUUGCAUUUUGCAUUUUGCAUUUGUUUCAAAUUUUCUGCAACAAUAUACUUGAAUUAUGUUACUAAUUUAUUUUUGCAUCCAAUGUUGGUUUACCACCAAAUUCUUGCUGACUUGGCGGCCAGAAUAGUUGACGUGUCACAAUCAGCCGAUGAAGCGAACGACGGCGUUUUCUUUUAAUAAAACAUCGUUGUUUUAACUUAAUUUACAGAGUAUAGUUUGAUUUAGGGUUCAAAUCCCCUUAAUUGAUUUAGGAUUUUAAGGUUCAAACAAGGGUUUUACCAUCUCUCGAAUCUCCUCCCUCAUCAGUGGCGAACAACUCAAAUAGCUUGAUAUCCCAUUUGCUCUUCUCCAUUGAUGCCUUACCCAUCCACGACACGGCAUUGUGGGCGGCAUGAACGGCAAAACGCAGGCUCCCGCAUUGCCAGGGGCUGAGCCUUGGGUGUCUCGGAAUAUUAUAGUUGUACAUGAAUUCACAGGGGGCGUCGGGCAAGUUAAUAGGAGAUUUCGAAAUUCCUAAUGGCAAUAGUCUGACAGUCGUUGCCAGACCGAAUUUUCUGAUAGGCUUGUAGUAUUUUGGGUCUGAAUUUUGGCGGCACUCGAAUUUUAAAGGCACAUCAUAAAUUAAAUUGCCACGUUGUCAAGUUAGUUCACUGGCUGCAAAAACAAAUUAGUAACAUAAUUCAAGUAUGUUAAGAUAGAAAAUUUAAAAUAAAUGCAAAAACAAAAAUAGUUAAGGUAUUUAGGGGCAUUAUCCCCUUAAAUAUAUUAUGAGCUUUUUUCUUAUGAACAGUUUCGGGAAAAUUGAGUAUACAUACUUCCUAGUAACUAGUUUAGAUAUAUUCCUUUCAAAAGAAAAUAACUAGUUUAGAUAUAAUUUCUGUAAACUUUUAUUUCCUCCAUCCUCGAUCGGUUCGGGUUCGGUUACCCGUACCCGAAUUUUCGGUUACCCAAGCCCAAAAUUACCAUAUUUCACUAAUCGUUCCCGAACCGUUUUAGAUGUUCGAUUACCCCCAAAUAACCGCUACCCGAUUCGGUUAUUUGGGUAUCCGAAAUACUCAUUUGAAAAAUUAAAAUUCAAAUAAUUUGUUAGAUAGAGGAUUCUUAUACUUUAAAUAUAAACUUCAUCAUCAAAUAUAAAAGCUUAGUUGUUUUAAGUCCUCUGAAAACAUAUGCUUUUAUAUACUCCUUUCAUAUAUUGUAAGCUUGUUAAUAUUCGGAACAAAUUAUGUUCUCAUAAAUUAAUUACUAUGACACGAGAUUAAAUUGUGAACCCUAAUUAUUUAGUAGAUCAUAUAUAUGAUUCAUAUAUUAUCAAUUUUGGUAUGAAUUCAGUUGACAUAAAUAUACAUGUUUUACAAAAAUGUUGCAAAAUCAGUUUAAUAGAUGCUAUCAACUCAAAUAGUAGUCAGACACAUGCAUAUAUCUAUUCAUACAUACGUACAUGCUACACAAAUAUGAUUAUCAUAGAUCUAAACCCCCGUGUCAAACGUUAGAGCAUCAAAUUAGCUCCAACAGAGGAACAAACCUCGGACUCACACUGCCACCACAUCUCAUCUUUCUUCUUCUCAAACCUCAAAACAAAUCUAGACAGAUCAAAGCUUCCCAAGAAAAAAAUGGGAAAGAAGAUCGCAAUGUUCCCAUGGUUUGCAAUGGGGCAUCUGACCACAUUUCUUCACAUCUCCAACAAACUCGCGCAGAAAGGCCACCGAAUCUUCUUCAUCCUCCCUCCCAAAACCCAAUCCAAACUCAACCAGUUCAAUCUCCACCCCGACCUCAUCACCUUCAUCCCCAUCACCCUCCCCCACGUCGACGGCCUCCCUCCUGGGACCGAGACCACCGCCGACGUCAUCUUCCCCAUGUACUCGCUCCUCCGCCGCGCCAUGGACCUCACCGAGCCCGCCCUCAAGGCCCUUCUUCAAGACCUUCAGCCUCACCUCGUCUUCUUCGAUUUCUCCCACUGGCUUCCCGCCUUGGCGCGGAGCUUGGGCAUCAAGUCGCUGCUCUACUGCAUCAUCAGCCCCGCCGCGGUCGCUUACCUCUUCCGCGACGAGCCCGCAGCCGAGGAUUACAUGCGGCCCCCGCCGGGGUUCCCUCCCUCGUCCGCGAUCAGGCUCUACGCCAACGAGGCGCGCACCGUGGAUGCCGUCAACAACAUGGAGGAGUUUGGGACCCCGAUGAAGUUCGUGCAGCGCGUGAUCAUGGCGGCCGAGGAGUGCGACGCCAUGGGAUUCAAAUCUUGUAGAGAAAUGGAGGGCCCCUAUCUCGAUUUUCUUGAGAAGAGAUUCAAGAAACCGGUUCUUUUAGCAGGCCCGGUUUUGCCCGAACCGCCUGCUUCGGGCCUAGACGAGAGGUGGGUGAAAUGGCUGGACCAAUUCGGGCCGAAAUCGGUGAUUUACUGUGCCUUUGGGAGCGAGGCUAGGUUGAAACGGGAGCAGUUUGAGGAGCUGUUGGUGGGAUUCGAACUGACGGGGCAUCCGUUUUUGGCAGCGCUGAAGGCGCCGAUGGGGGCGGAGACGGUGGAAGAGGCGCUGCCGGAAGGUUUUAGGAGCAGGACUGGGAAGAGAGGAGUUGUGGAGGGAGGGUGGGUUCAACAGCAGUUGAUCUUGUCUCAUCCCGCGGUGGGGUGCUUUGUGACGCAUUGUGGGUGGGGGUCCAUCUCGGAGGCGUUGAUCAACGAGUGUGAGAUGGUGCUGAUGCCGCAUGUGGGCGAUCAGUUGAUCAAUGCAAGGUUGAUGGGGGGAGAUUUGAGAGUGGGGGUGGAGGUCCACAAGGGAGAUGAAGAUGGAUUGUUUAGUAGAGAGGGUGUGGUGAAGGCAAUCAACUUGGUCAUGGAUGGGGAGACUCAGAUUGGGAAGGAGAUUAGGGCAAAUCAUCGUAAGUGGAGGGAUUUCAUGUUGAGGAAAGGCCUUGAGGAUUCUUACAUCCAUGAAUUUGAUCACAAAUUGCAUACCCUUUUACACUAGUCGUAUCAUGGAGAAACUUCUCUAGCUAGGUGUCUCCUUUUCCUUUUCUUUUUUGUCAAUCCAUGAGUACUUUCUUUCUUCAUUUUCAUGAAGCGACGACUAGUCUUGUAGCCCGUGCGAUGCACAUUUAAGAAAGAUAUUCUCUCUAUUUAUAAAAAUUAGUCAUAGUAAGAAAUAGUACGAAUUUUAAUAAAAAUAGUUAUUGUAUUGUGAGUGGAGAAAGAGUCCCACUUAAA